CUCCAGAUGCUGACCCUAGUGGUGCUGGUGCUGCUCCUUCUGGCCCACGCAGCCCCUGCCCCGGCCCUGGAGAGAGCAGGCAUUGUGGGAGGGCGGGAGGCCCCCAUGACGAAGUGGCCAUGGCAGGUCAGCCUUCGGAUGCAUUCUGGGUACUGGAUGCACUUCUGCGGGGGCUCCCUCGUGCACCCGCAGUGGGUGCUGACUGCGGGGCACUGUGUCGGACCGAAGGUCGCAGACCCCGGAACAUUCAGAGUGCAGCUGCGUGAGCAGCACCUGUACUACCAAGACGAGCUGCUGCCCGUCAGCAGGGUCAUCGUGCACCCCAACUUCUACUGUGCCCAGAAGGGUGCUGACAUCGCCCUGCUGGAGCUCGAGGACCCUGUGAACAUCUCCAGCCACAUGCAGCUGGUCACCCUGCCCCCUGCCUCUGAGACCUUCCUGCCGGGGAUGCCGUGCUGGGUGACUGGUUGGGGUGAUGUGGACAAUGGCGUCUCCCUGCCACCACCGUACCCCUUGAAACAGGUGAAGGUCCCCAUCGUGGAAAACAGCCUUUGUGACACCGAAUACCACAAUGGUCUCUACACCGCAGACAACAUCCGUAUCGUCCACGAUGACAUGCUGUGUGCUGGGAACAAAGGGCACGACUCCUGUCAGGGCGACUCCGGAGGGCCCCUGGUCUGCAAGGUGAACGGCACCUGGAUGCAGGCAGGUGUGGUCAGCUGGGGUGAUGGCUGCGCUCAGCCCAACCGGCCAGGCAUCUACACCCGCGUCACCCACUACUCGGACUGGAUCCGCCGCUAUGUCCCCACGGAGCCCUGA